AUGACAAUCUACACUUGGAAAAUGUCUCAUUGCAACGGAUUGAGACUGCAAAUCUUUACAGCGGACAAGUCACCUAGGGGACUGAGGAUCACACCGUUUGCAACAGUAGCCAAUGCCGAACUCUUCAUCAUCGCAGGACUUGAGGCGGUCACUUCGGCACUCUCAUUCACCGCAUACCUUUUGGCAAAACAUCAGGACGUCCAAGACAAAGUGAGGGCGGAAGUGAAACUUCUUCUGCAGAAAGAUGGAAAUUUCAACUAUGACAACAUCUUCAGCUUGAAAUACCUGAACCAAGUCAUUCAGGAAUCGUUAAGAUUCUAUCCCCCCUUGCCAGGGCUCGUCAGCAGAAGGUGCCAGAAGGACUUCGAAUUCAAUGGCCUUCGUAUUCCAAAGGGCACGAACAUUCAAGUUCCCGCUCGACUAAUGCACCACGAUCCAAGAUAUUGGGUCGACCCCGAGAAGUUCAAUCCUGACAGGUUUAGCCCGGAAAACAAGGCAACGAUCGAGCCAAUGGCGUACAUCCCUUUCGGCAUCGGACCUCGGAGCUGCCCAGGGUCCCGGUUAGCCGAGAUAGAGCUCCCACUGAUUAUGGCCAAGGCUGUGGCCAAGUUCAAGUUGCACCUCAGUGACGAACCAGAAAAGAGCACCAUCAAGUACGUUGCACCAGCGACUCUUGCAUUCCCUGAUGGGGGAAUGUGGUUGAAGAUGGAGAAGAUAUAA